AUGAAAAAAUUCAAUGAACAGCAGUUUUUACAAGACCUAGGAACUCAAACAUGGGAACAUGUCUAUUUUUUUGCAGACAAUCCUGACACUAUGUGGGAAAUUUGGAAACAACUGUUCUUACAAGUCCUAGAUAAACAUGCCCCAAUUCAAAACAAAAAAACAAAAUCUAAAAAAAAUCCUUGGAUUACUAGUCAUAUAAAAAAACUAAUAAUUGCAAGAGAUAAUUUGAAAAGAAAAGCAAUUAUCACUAAACUUGAAACAGAUUGGGAUAACUAUAAAAAAGCCAGAAAUGAAACAAACAAUCUUCUAAGACAAACCCAAAAGGAAUAUUAUUCCAAUAAAAUAGCGACUGAAAAGCAAGAUCCAAAAGCUGCUUGGAAGACAAUUAAUACCUUACUUGGUAAACAAAAUCAAAGAACUAAAGUAAACGAAUUAAACUUAAAUGGCAUAAAAUUAACAAGCCCUGAUGAAAUUUCUGAGAGCUUCAAUACCUUCUUUUCAAAUAUUGGACCGAAUUUAGCCGAAGAAAUUAGUACACCAGGAUGUCAUUCUAAAGACUUCCUUGACAAAACUAAUUCUGAAUUUACUGCAUUCCAGUCAGUUACUGUUAGUCAUGUUUGUCUUUUAUUACGUGAACUGUCUGGUAGCAAAGCUACUGGCCUGGAUAAAAUAUCCAGCAAGAUAAUCAAAAUUGCUGCACCAUUAAUUUCCGAUUCAUUGACUUACAUCUUUAAUCAAGCAAUAACUUUAUGUACUUUUCCACAUGAAUGGGAAAUUGCAAGAGUAAUUCCCCUUUUUAAGAAUGGCAAACGAAGCUUGCCAGGAAAUUAUCGACCAAUUUCUGUGUUACCAGCCAUUAGUAAAAUUAUGGAACGUAUCCUAUAUAGUCAACUUUAUGAAUAUUUGAGUGCAAAUAACAUACUUUCUGAACAUCAAUUUGGUUUCAGAAAAUUUCAUUCUACUGCAACAGCUUUACUUGAUUGCACAAAUGAUUGGUACAUAAACAUGGAUAGAAAACUUUUUAAUUUGGUUGUAUUUGUAGACCUAAAAAAAGCCUUUGAUACUGUUGACCAUGAGAUCUUAUUGCAAAAACUAAAACUAGUUGGAAUCACAGGAAGUGCAUUUCUAUUACUCAAAUCAUACUUAACUGGUCGUACUCAAAGAUGUGAAGUCAAUGGAUCUAUUUCAGGGGAAAACGAC